AUGAAAAACGUUGACAACCAGAAAACGUUUGAAGAAAUCGCCCAAAAUGUGUUGGACAAUUUCAACGGAGACGAGUCAAGAUACACCUAUCUGACUCCAUCAGAAUGUCGCGAACUUCAAAACUUCAUCGAUGACGACUGGCAAAUAAAACGAGAAUGCUCGAAAAACCCGGUCGCCUUCGCCGAUUACAUGGAAGACUGGGCUUCCACUGAAAAUUGCCAAAAAGCAGCCGCAAAAUUUCCAGAAAAAGAUCCCAAGCAAUACAUUUUAACUGAGGAGGAAUGCGACGAGGCUCAAGAUUUCAUCGAUAAUGAUGAUUAUUUUGCCGAGAUUUGCGACACCUACUCGGAAUACGAGAGUUUCGCUGACUACGCGGAAGACUACAUGGACGGCCUUUUCCCUACUUGCGAUAUUACUUAUUGCUCUGGAGCCGAGGCGACCAAACUCGUCAGGAGCAGCAUUUUCUUCUUUUUGAUGAUGUUUUUCUUGAUGAAAUAA